CGGAUCAUCGCCACUCUCCGAGACUCCAAUCAGAACCAAAUUGGUGCCGCCAAAGCAGACCUCAGCGCCGCGGAGAAGAGAGUGGAGAAGAAAAUGGCGAAACUGAACCAGGAGCUGACACGGGUGGACACCCGGGUACAUACCAUGCAGGAAGAGGUCAACGUCCUGCGAUCCUACAUGGACAAGGAGUAUCCCCUGAAGGCCGUCCAGAUCGCCUCCCUUCUGCGCACCAUCCGGAACCUGAACGAGGAGCAGCAGGAUGAAUUGGAAGACACCGAAGAUCUGGCCAGGCGCUUCCUGGACACCUUAACUAAAAAAGCCAGAGACGAGCAGGAGCGCAUUCUGCAUUCUGUGGCCGAUAAAAAGCUCUUGCAGUACCAGGACGGACUGGAGCAGAUGCACCGGAACAACACGGAGCUGAGAAGACAGAUCGACGUGCAAAAGGAGAGGCUCUCGAAGAGCAAGAUGGCCAGCCUGGAGGAGCUGAAGCGCCAUUCCUUGGUGCUCCUGGAGAAGAACACAGACCUGAUGGAGACCAUCCAGGAGGCGGAAGCCAAUUCGGCCUACCAGGCCAGGACCCUCCUGCAGCAGUACGACAUGUUUGGGAAAGAUUGGGCCAGCCUAGUCACCAAACCAAAGAACUUCACCUCCAGCGAUAGGAAUUAA